CCAUGGCGUCAACUGCACCGUCUUGCUCACCGACCGCGGCCAGCUCCUCAUCACCAGCGGACGGGAGCCUCCAGCGAUGGGCGGAGGAGGGGUCGGUAGUGACGGGAAGCGAGGGUUCGUCUUCGUCGAGGAUUUCCAGGCGGAGGAGGACGGCAUCGCGAUGGCGGAGGCCAGGUGUCUCGACGCCAUCCGAUCUGCGCUGGAGAACCUCGAGGACCAGCUCGAGUUCUUCCAUGCUAUAAAAUCACAACAGCGAACUGAACGAGAUGCUGCUAUGGUGCGGUUGGUACAGAGUCGCAGCAUUCUUGGUAGGAGAUUGGCUGAACACCAGGGAAAGAAGUACAUAGUCAUUGAAAUGGCAUAGGAAGAGAAAUGAAAGAACUUUUUCUUGGUCGUGACGAUUCUUCUAGGAGCAGCCGGUUGAAGCAUCUCGAUGUUCUAUCGGCAAGGGGUUGAUCUUUCUAACUGAUGCUUGGACAGUUUGUUUGAAAUGGUUAGGAAGAUAGUUUUACCAAAUAAUUUUGAGUAAAUUUCCCAAAAAUAUUUAUCCCCCUUCACAAUUUGAAAUUUUGCCCAAAAAGUACUUUUGAAGUGGUCAUGACUAGUUUGUCUGUACAUAAAUACAGUCUGAGUGGUUGCUUACGACAAGUAGUUUGUGCUACUUUGGAUUACUAUGGAUGUAUGAGGUUAAAUUACAAUCCUGAAAUAGAUCUGUAUGCUUGUCAGUUUCCUUUUCAGGGUUCAGUAAUCCCUUGUGUUUCUUAGACU